CCACUCAAACUCCAACUCGACGAGAUAACGCGGCGCCGUCAGCGACGAGCCAGCGAGUGAGCCUCUCAAGUCUCCACAGCGGCGUACGCCAUGCUCCGUGCUCCGCCUCGCGCGCCGCGUCCGCCCCCGCCGCGGUGCUCCCCUGCACCGGCAGGCGCGCCGCCGCCGCCGCCGCCCUCGGCAGGCGGCAUCCGGCGGCUGGUGCUGACGCCGGACGGCCGCGCCAAGCUGGACGCGCGGCCGGACCGCGACUUCUACGCGUUCCCGCGCCUCGUCAAGCACGUGGACGACGGCUUCCUCGCCGCGCUCACCGACCUCUACCGCGAGCGCCUCCGGCCCGGGUGGGACGUGCUGGACCUCAUGAGCUCCUGGGUCAGCCACCUGCCGCCGGAGAUGCCGUUCCGGCGUGUCGUCGGCCACGGCCUCAACGCCCAGGAGCUCGCCAAGAACCCGCGCCUCGACUACUUCUUCGUCAAGGACCUCAACAAGGAGCAGCAGCUCGAGCUCGAGGGCUCCAGCUUCGACGCCGUCCUCUGCACCGUCAGCGUCCAGUACCUUCAGUCCCCUGAGAAGGUUUUCGCGGAGAUCUUCCGGGUGCUGAAGCCGGGAGGCGUGUGCAUCGUCAGCUUCAGCAACCGGAUGUUCUACGAGAAGGCGGUCGGGGCGUGGCGGGAGGGCACCGCCUACAGCCGCGUGCAGCUCGUCAUGCAGUACUUCCAGUGCGUCGAGGGGUUCACGCAGCCGGAGGUGGUGAGGAAGCUGCCCUCCGACGCCGCCGGCGGGAAGCCGGCGUCGCCGCUGGACGCCGUGAUGAGGCUGUUCGGGAUGGGAAGCUCGUCCGACCCGUUUUACGCGGUCAUCUCGUAUAGAAAUUUCAAGCCAAUGUGAAGUAUACAAUGUAUGUUUUUGGCGCCAAAAAGUCAAACUGCCAAAACACCUGAAAAUCUUGAGAUGUACUAUGCAGUUUACAAAUUGGGAUGUAGUAUAUAGUUCACAGAGUAUAACACUGUUUGUGAAUUUUUUAGGUAUUUGGGAGAGAAAACAAAUGAUGUAUGGUGUUGUCCUUUCAUCCAAAGAAACAACGGAGGAAUCAUAAUA